AUGGGAGCUAAAGAAGUGAAUCACAAAGCUUUCGACACGGAGAAACCAAAGUCUUUGCACGCGGGAACAAUUGAAGAUGCUUUAACAGCCACAGGUUUUGGAAAGUAUAAUUUUGGGCUUCUGCUGAUAUGCAGUUGGACACUACAAGCGAUGGGUAUGGACCUCUUCGGCACCAGCUUCGUAGUGGCAGCGGCAGUUUGUGACCUGCAGCUUUCUAUGCAACAGCGGGCACUGCUCACAGCAAUGCCCCUUGUAGGUGUUGUCGCCGGUGCUCAGCUGUGGGGGUACAUCUCCGAUACUAAAGGAAGGAGACUCACUCUCGUGCUCUCUAUGUCGAUUGGGUUCGUGUUCGCGGCUUUGAGCAGUUUCUCCCCCGACUGGAAGACCAUGGCUGUACUCAAGCUGAUAUCCUCAACUUUCACCUCAGCAAGCAACUCCGGAGCGUACACACUGCUCGGUGAGAGUUGUCCGGAGAGGGCGCGCGGGCGCUCCAUGCUGCUUUGCACAUGCUCUCUCAUGUGCUCGCAGGCAGUCGUCGCUGUGUUCGCUUACCCAAUCCUUCCACUCGACUUCGUCUACUGGAUAGACUUUCUGGGCAUCGCGUACCGUCCGUGGCGGUUGCUAGCGUUGGUAAUGUCCCUGCCCUGCGCCGCCACCGCUUGCCUGCUGCAACUCUUCCACGAGAGCCCCAAGUUCCUGGCCUCCAGAGGCCGAAGUGACGAAGCGCUCGAGGUGCUGAGAAAGAUAUACGCGGCCAAUACCGGCAACAGCCCUCGCAACUUCCCGAUAAAUAAGCUGUUGGAGGGUGACGAUGAACAUUCGCCAGUUGGAGAGAGUUCGUUUGUGAAGGCACUCUGGGAACAGACCGUGGCUCUCUUCAGGCCGCCAUUGCUUAAGGAAACGCUAAGGCUUUUCUAUCUUGUCGCUGUUAUUUAUAUGACCGGAAGCGGUUUCAUCUUGUGGCUGCCGUACAUCAUGAACAACCUCUUCUCCGUACUGGAGGUCGGCGGCGGCGCUGGAAUGAACCUUUGUUCCGUCAUACGCUCCUCCGCUAAUAAUGGCGUCGGCAAUGAUACGAUCACCCAGGAAAUGUGCAACGACACCAUUCAGGAGACGACCCUCCUAUCGGCGAUGAUGUAUGGAGCGCUCGCCAGCUCUUCGAACCUGAUCCUGUCGCUGACCUGCGGGGGCAGGAAGAGGGUGGCCAUGAUGGGAAUCCUCGCAAUGUCCGCCGCAGCGGGCGUGAUGCUCAACCUCGUCAGGGUGCCGAUCGCCGGUGGCAUUUUCUUCUUCUUCUUCUUGAUGUGCGCGCUCGCUAUGGGCAUCCUCAGUGUCUACUUUGUUGAGCUCUAUCCGACCCAUUUAAGAGGGAUGGCGUCUUGUCUAUCCGUGAUGCUAGGCAGAUCGAGCGCCUUCUUAGGCGUUAACGCGAUUGGUGCUCUGAUAUCGGCUAACUGCGAGGCCACCUUCUAUGGAUGGUCCGUUUUAUUACUGACUGCGAUCGCCUUCUCGUGGUUCCUGCCACGAGACAAAAGGCCAGGAAAA